AACAGCCAUCAAAAUGUGUUCGAAAAAUCAAAUGUCCACAUUAAUGGAGAAAUUGAAUACGACUCUACAGUCGUGUCCAACCAUCAGCAGCUGUACCAAUGAACCUGAUACGCUAAGUGCCAACAACGAUUCGCUGCAGACCACCCCUGAUAGUACUCUACAAAAACCAGCCAGUCUCCAGCAUCAGCGCCAUCAACCGCUGAGUCCCCAUCAUCUGCAUCCCCACCAUCAGCUGCAUAACGUCGGCGGUGGCAGUAGUGGCGGCUCACACACAAACAGUGCCACCAGCGACACAUCAUCAACAUCCUUUCACCAGCGUUUUGACUUUAGUCAAUUAAAAGCUCGUCUACCGGAACUAAAUUGUCUGCACAGUUUACAACGCUAUUGGCAAAAUAGCCAACAAUCCGGAGGUGGAGACAACCCCAACGAUCCAACGUCCGGCAUUGGAAAAGAUGAUAGUUGUGGCACUGGUGGUGGUAACUCCUUUUAUGCCAAUAAUAUUUUAGGUUACACCUUUGGCUAUACAUUUAACGGCAAAGAUUCCGCAAAGGGGGAAGACGUACGCGAAACGCCACUACAGAAAUUCUAUCGUCAUCAACAGCAAAAGAAAAUGCCAGCAUUUCGUGGUAGACGUGGUUGGUGUGGGUGUUUUCAGGACGAUGAACCACCAGAGAUUUGUGUGGUUGAGGGUGCUUUCACCCUACAGACCCUAACACCCACACAACCAAUGCCCUCCGUUGACGAGUUGGACACCAAAUUUGCCGAAUUGGUCGAGGAAUUGGACUUGACAGCACCCAACAAAGAGGCAAUGCUAAGUUUGCCUCCCCAAAAGAAAUGGCAAAUUUAUUGCUCACGAAAAUCCCCACUCGAUACCAUUGAUGGUAAUGGUGCCUCGAGUAAUAUAACCCAACCGCCGACGGCUGAAAAUUAUGUGGAACGUCUCAAGGAUUUGGCUUUGCACAUAUCGAUUAGUCCCGAAGAUUCCCCGUGCCAUGAGUAUAAUGCUCGCAUUGAAAGCCAUACACAUUUCCUGGAUGCCCUCAAGACCGCCCUGAGGACAUCUACGCACAGUUUUGUGCUACGAUUUGUCGAGUUUGAGGGUUUGCCAGCUCUGCUGAAUUUAUUGCAGAAAAUGGAUAUACGUGUGGCGAACAGUCCUUUUCAUACUAGUCUCAUUGGGUGUAUCAAGGCCUUGAUGAAUAAUUCGACCGGCCGUGCCCAUGUCUUGGCCCAUCCCACCUCCAUUGAUACGAUUGCUCGUUCGCUGGCGGCGGAUAAUAUCAAAACCAAAGUAGCAGCCUUGGAAAUUUUGGGUGCCGUCUGUCUCGUGCCCGGUGGUCACCGCAAGGUCUUGCAGGCCAUGUUAAAUUUCCAAGAAUUUGCUGCCGAACGAACCCGUUUCCAAAGUAUUGUAAAUGAUUUGGAUCGUUCCACAGGAGCCUAUAGAGAUGAUGUUAAUUUGAAAACGGCCAUUAUGUCCUUCAUUAAUGCCGUGCUGAAUUAUGGUCCCGGUCAGGAGAAUCUAGAUUUCCGUCUACAUUUGCGUUAUGAAUUCUUAAUGUUGGGCAUUCAACCCAUUAUCGAUAAGCUGAGGAAGCAUGAGAAUGAGACGCUGGAUCGGCAUUUGGACUUCUUCGAAAUGGUUCGAGCCGAAGAUGAAAAAGAAUUGGCACGCAAAUUCGAGCAUGAACAUGUGGAUACGAAAAGUGCCACCACCAUGUUUGACUUUUUGAGACGUAAACUAAGUCAUUCGCCAGCCUAUCCACAUUUGAUUUCUUUGCUGCAGCAUAUGCUAUUGCUGCCCUACACCGGUCACUGUACCCAACAUUGGUUAUUAUUCGAUCGUGUGGUACAACAAAUUGUCCUACAAACCGAGGGUAGACCACGCAGUGACAUCGAUUCCGAUGAUCCGAACAAAGAAAAAGUGCCCAUUUCCCCAGUACACGAUCCCGAUGUGGCACCUUUGGAAAUAAAUGUCUCCAAAUUAGUUCACUUAUUGGUAAAAGAAGAAGAAUUAACCCAAGCACGCAAACGUGCCGAUGAAUUGGAAAAAGAAAAUUUCGAUAUUCAAUCACGUUUGGCGAAAAAAGAACAAGAGCUAGAUUUACGUAUGCAAGAAAAAGAAGAUCUCGAAACAAGUUUGGCACGUAUGCGUGAACGUUUGGAAAAGGAAUCCGCCAAUCAUUCACAGGCUGUGCAAAGAGCACAAACAGCUGAAAUGAAAUUGGAAGAUUUACAACAUAAAUUGAUGACCGAGCAGCAGGAAAGAGCAAGGCUGGAACGUUUAGUCACAGAGGGUAGUAUACCUGAUGACCAGAAGGUGGCGGGAUUAACUGGUUGCAACGCAUCACAGGAGCCUGUUAAGAUUGUACCUCCACCACCACCACCAAUGAUGGCAGCUCCACCGCCACCACCACCACCGGCAGGACCACCGCCACCACCUUGCCCUGGGCCACCACCACCACCGGUUAUGACACCAGCAAUGGCCCCACCUGCACCCAAAACUGAAGUACCCAAAAAGAACGUGCCACAGCCCACAAAUCCCUUGAAGAGCUUCAACUGGUCGAAAUUGCCCGAUGCCAAGGUCCAAGGUACCGUUUGGAGUGAAUUGGAUGAGUCGAAAUGGUAUAACAAUAUCGAAUUGGAGGCAAUCGAUAAAUUAUUCUCAGCCUAUCAAAAGAAUGGUGUUGCGACCGUUCCCGAUGGCUCCAUUGAAGACUUGCGCCUAAUGGGCAGUAAACCACGUAAUAAGAUAUUAUCUGUUAUUGAUGGCCGGCGGGCACAAAAUUGUACCAUACUCUUAAGUAAAUUAAAAAUGACCGAUGAAGAAAUCUCCAAAGCAAUUCUAUCCAUGGAUUGCAAUGAACAAUUAGCCUUAGAUAUGGUUGAGCAAUUAUUGAAGUUUACACCCUCAGCGGAGGAGCGGGCCUUAUUGGAUGAGCACAGUGAAGAUAUUGAUUCAUUGGCCAGGGCCGAUCGUUUCCUUUAUGAAAUAUCCAAAAUUCCCCAUUACGAACAGCGCUUGAAGAGCUUACACUACAAGAAACGUUUCAUGAUUACCGUAAACGAUUUAAUACCACGCAUUACCAGUGUCAUGGAGGCUUCCAGGGAGGUGGCAAGGUCAAGGCGUCUGAGAAAAUUACUGGAAUUGGUUCUAGCUUUGGGCAACUACAUGAAUCGUGGAGCUCGUGGCAAUGCUUCCGGUUUCCGUUUGGCCUCACUGAACCGCUUAGCCGAUACCAAAUCCAGUGCUGCCAAGGGCACAACUCUACUACACUUUUUGGUUCAGGUUAUCGAUAAGAAAUUCCGUGAUCUACUCAAACUCGAAGAAGAUAUACCACAUGUACGUGAAGCUUCCAAAGUCUCGUUGGGAGAAAUGGACAAAGAUAUACAAAUGCUUCGCACCGGCUUGGCCGAUGUUGCCCGUGAAAUUGAAUUCCAUCGUUCAUCGGGCCCUGCCCAACAGGGUGAUCGUUUCUUACCCGUUAUGCGUGAAUUCCAUGCCCAAGCUUCGGUACGUUUCGCUGAAUUGGAAGAUAAAUUCCAAGAUAUGAAGACACGUUUCGAUCGUGCUGUACGUCUAUUCGGUGAAGAUGGUUCUGUGUUGCAGCCGGAUGAAUUCUUUGGCAUUUUUGAUGCUUUCCUAACAUCAUUUGCUGAGGCUAAGGCCGAUAAUGAUAAUUUGCGUAAACGCCAGGAAGAGGAAGAGAAACGUGCCAAGCAGGAUGCUGAGUUGAAGAAGCGUACCAUUGAACGUAAAAACAAGGAGGGCCUGAUGUCUUCGGUGGCGCGAAAUUUGGGUUUGAAAUCAUCCAAUGGACCCACAAGCCCCGCCAAGGGAGAUAACAAAGGGGAAUUUGAUGACCUCAUUUCAGCCUUGAGGACCGGUGAUGUUUUCGGUGAAGAUAUGGCGAAGUUCAAGAGAUCACGUAAGACUCGCCUAAGCAAUGGUAGUACAUCUCCCCCAAGACAUGGGGUACAUCGAGAAGAAAGUCGAGAACGUACCGUACGAAGACAGUGAAAAUUAGGUUAAAUAUUUAGGUUAA